AUGAAAUCAUUGGAGUGCCUCACGCGACGAGUUCUGGCCGGAGUUUUCUGGCUAAUGGGGCUGGUGCCGCUGCCGCCCAGUUCCCAGCUCUUCUCCCUGUUUCUAUCCUUGGCCAUUCGCUGCUGCUGGAUUGUGUACCUCGGAUACCUACUGUCAAUUGUAAUCGGCUUUCGAUCGGUGGCAACGGAAAGUGUGGGCAAUGUCGUGGGCACCAUGCUCUUCAUGGGCAACUCCGUUUUGGGCCUGCUGCUCCUCCUGGAGAGUGUGUUGAAACAGAAGACUCGCAGACAGCUAGAGGACCUGCGCUUCCAGUCGCAGCUUCAGUUGCAACGCCUGGGGAUGUUCGGAAGAGGUCGCCAGGCCCCUCACCUGCUGCCCCUGAUCGCGACACAGUUUACCUGCGAUCUUGCAAGAGUCCUGAUCAGCGCCAAAGUCGGGACAAUGAUAUCCCCAGUGUUCUUCAUAUCCCUGCCGCUCAUGUGGCUGCUCCGCUUCCGUUACGUUCAGCUGGUACAGCAUGUGAUGGAUCUUAAUCAACGCUCGCUCCAGCUGCGUCGUUCCCUCCUCGCACUGGCCUCGGGCAACGAACUCUGGCAGCCGUACGGGGUCCAAGAAUGGGGCCAGCUGCAAACCCUUCGCAAGACCUACGAACGCAUCUUUGAGUGCUACGAAGUGUUCAGCGACUGCUAUGGCUGGGGCAUGCUCGGGCUACACCUGGUGACCAGCUUCCAGUUUGUGACCAACGCAUACUGGAUGCUCAUGGGACUGUACGAGGAACAGAACCUAUUGAUCCUCACCUACAACGGAGCCACCGCCAUUGACUUUGGCACUCCCAUUGCCACACUCUUCUGGUACGGCGAUGCGGGUGCUGAAAAUGGUCGCGAGAUUGGUUGUCUCAUCUCAAAAUUGGCUAAGCCACUGGGCAGCAGGCGCUACAACAAUCUUGUCAGUGAGUUCUCCUUGCAGACCCUACAUCAGCGCUUUGUGGUCACUGCCAAGGAUUUCUUCAGCCUUAAUCUGCAUCUGCUAAGUAGUAUGUUCGCAGCCGUGGUCACUUACUUGGUCAUUCUCAUACAGUUCAUGUUUGCGGAGAGGAGCGCCAAGGCAUAUUCUUCGUAG